GGCGGCUCGGGCGGCCCCGGAGCGGCCGAGCUGGGGGUGGCCAGGGCGGCCCCGGAGCGGGUGAGCUGGGGGCGGCUCGGCCGGCUUUGGGGCUCCCGGAGCGGAAGUACAAAUAUAAUGUCAGGUGGCUGAAAAUUUGCCUGUCAAAAUGUCAAAAAGGCCAUCUUAUGCCCCACCUCCUACCCCAGCUCCUGCAACCCCAGCUCCUGCAGUCAACUAAAUCCCAGCAGUGCUACCCACAGCUGAAGUAAAACUGCUUCCAUGGCCUGCAAGCAAAUGCCCAGCACCCCAGGGUUUGUGGGAUACAAUCCAUACAGCCAUCUGGCCUACAACAACUACAGGCUGGGAGGGAACCCGGGCACCAACAGCCGGGUCACGGCUUCCUCUGGCAUUACCAUCCCCAAGCCCCCCAAACCCCCAGACAAGCCCCUGAUGCCCUACAUGAGGUACAGCCGGAAGGUCUGGGACCAAGUGAAGGCGUCCAACCCUGAUUUGAAGUUAUGGGAAAUUGGCAAGAUUAUUGGAGGAAUGUGGCGAGAUCUCACUGAUGAAGAGAAGCAAGAGUAUUUGAAUGAAUAUGAAGCUGAAAAGAUCGAGUACAACGAGUCCAUGAAGGCUUACCACAACUCCCCUGCCUACCUGGCCUACAUCAACGCCAAGAGCCGCGCCGAGGCCGCGCUGGAGGAGGAGAGUCGCCAGCGGCAGUCCCGCAUGGAGAAGGGAGAGCCCUACAUGAGCAUCCAGCCAGCAGAAGACCCUGAUGACUACGACGAUGGCUUCUCGAUGAAGCACACUGCCACGGCUCGCUUCCAGCGCAACCACCGCCUCAUCAGCGAGAUCCUCAGCGAGAGUGUGGUCCCCGACGUGCGCUCCGUGGUCACCACCGCCCGCAUGCAGGUGCUCAAGCGCCAGGUCCAGUCCCUCAUGGUCCACCAGCGCAAACUGGAGGCUGAGCUGCUGCAGAUCGAGGAGCGACACCAGGAGAAGAAGAGGAAGUUCCUGGAGAGCACAGAGUCCUUCAACAACGAGCUCAAAAGGCUGUGCAGCCUGAAGGUGGAAGUGGAUAUGGAAAAAAUUGCAGCAGAGAUUGCCCAGGCUGAGGAACAGGCUCGGAAGAGGCAGGAGGAGAGGGAGAAGGAAGCAGCUGAGCAGGCAGAGCGCAGCCAGAGCAGCACAGCAGCUGAGGAGGAGCAGGCAGCUAACAAGGCAGAGGAGAAGAAGGAAGAGGAGAGUGCCCCAAUGGAGACAGAAGAGCCUCACGCAGAGGAGAGCACAGAGAGCCAGCAGAACGGCGAGGAGGGCACAUCCACCCCCGAGGACAAGGAGAGUGGCCAGGAGGGGGGGGACAGCACUGCGGAGGAGGGCACCAGCGACAGCAACACAGGCUCGGAGAGCAACAGUGCCACUGUGGAGGAGCCUCCUGCAGACCCCAGCGCUGAGGACAGCGAGAAGAAAGAAUAAAGAAUGACUCCCUGCUGUGUCUAGUUUGUAAUCCAAUCCUGCUCUGAUUCCCAAACCUCUCCUGUUCUGCUGCCUCUGUCUCCCCAGGACACCAGGUGGCACCAGGCUGCCUCCAGGGCGCCUUGGAGGCCAAGAGCUCUCUCGGAGCAAAGCAAACCUCGAGUCUGAGCAGAGCUGCUACAGCCCUGAGGGGUGCUCGGGGUGCCUCACGCUGCCUGCCCCAGAGGGCUGCUGUAGGGCUGGGGCUAGCUCAGAGCUGAAGCUGCUUCCCUCCCCUCCAGUCACUGCAGGGCCUGGCCUUGCUCAGAGGCCCUCGUGCAGAUGUGCUGCAGAUGUGCAUCCCUGCUCUGCUCUUCUCAGGGACUGCCUCUGCUUUGUGUUUGCAGCCAGGACACUGCAGCACAGCUGAGGCUGGUGAGCAACAGAGGCUGGAGUUGCACUGAGGUGUCCCCAAGCUGCUUCUGUCCUGAGCAUCUCCUGCAGAACAGAAGCAGAGAGCCCCUCCCAGCCUGCCUCAGCCCCUGCAGCUUCUCCACCACCUUGCUUUGCCUCACAGAAAGCUUUCAGACCUCCGGAGCUGAGGCCCAGAUCCUGCCUGGGGGCUUUUGGUGUCGCUUUUGUUGUCUUCUCUGCAGCAGCUGGUCCACAGUGCUGGGAACUUGCCCACUGCAGGAGAGCUUGGGCCCAUGGUGCUUGGCCAAGGCCUUUAAGAUCGUUAAAUCCACCAAGUCCUUGCUCUUCUUUACCAUUUUAACUCCUUUAUUUGCUGCUGAGCUGCCCUGGAACAGCCUCAGGCAGAGCUGUGGCCAAGCUGAAAGCAGGAGAGGUUUAACCUGGUGGUGUCUGAUGUGCUGCACUGAGAAAGCAAAGGGUGGCUUUGCUUGGCAGGAGCUUUCAGAGCCUCUGGGAGCUCAGAAGUGUCCUGAAAAUGCCACAUUUUGCUCUAGAUAAGAGGAAAAAAAAACCAUUGCCACAAAUAGAUCCAAGCUGCUUGUGGCCUGCUUGUGGCCUGAGAGCUGCAGCUGGGAGCAGGGGCAGAGCUGCUGGGGUUUGGGUUUGAAUUCUUUGGGGCUUCUUUAUAAAUGAUCUAAUAAACUCCAACACCUUUGGGUUUUUUAA